GGUAGAUCUCCCUCCCCUCCAAAGGUAAGUCUCCCUCUAAGGUCUCCCUCCCUCCAAAGGUAGAUCUCCCUCCCCUCCAAAGACUUUUAUAUUUAUCCGAGUACGAGUACUCCAGAAGGAGUGGGGUUCGUGAAGAGGGCGGAAACCUGAGAUACGCCCAGUCAUUCAGACCAUCUCACUGGUGAAGGUACGGUGUAGUCUCGGCAAUGCAACACCGAACGGCGCACGCCUCAACUGUCUGUUCCCCGCCAAACGAACCAAUAAAUAUAUCUCAACGGACGGCAUCCUCCAUCCGGGAUUCUUUCACAGCCUUCAAAAACGCCAGAAUGUGGAUUUCACUGACAGCGGGACGGCUCUGCUUGUUCCCCGCCAUACUAUUUCCACCGAAUCAGCGAGUCAGCAGGCUGUGAUGCGGCCGCCCAAUGCCCUGUGCCGUGAGAUAAGGAUCAGCACAUCCGCUUCUCUUCUUUCUCGGCCACGAACCCGAAAACAAAAUCAUUCGCAGCAGACUCGCUUUUGCAUUCUGAGGUCGAAGCUUUCUAUAACUAUCUGUCGUUAAGAAAAAUUUGCUAUCAGUACCGAGACGUCACUCUCUAUAUUUGUUGACAACAUGGAGGGAGCUAGUAAAGCUGGCCAGGCAUCCCCACGCCAUGAGGAACGCCCGAAGUCUAGUGAAGGUGCCGGUUCCGCGACGGCUUCGCAGGCCGCCGCCGUCAACAAUCCUCCUAGUCCUCCCCGAGCCGCAAGUUCUGCAACUAGUCCUCCAAACAAUACAACUAACACUGAGGACGCUGUCGCUGAUGAGAUUGCAAUCGAUGAUGGAUUUGAUGCAGAUUCUGCAUUCGGGGAUGAUGUUGCAUCUGACACGACUUCACUUGCUUCUGCGAUUAGUAGGGGAUAUGUGGAGAAUGGAAGAAAAUACCAAUCGACAAAAGGACAUGAAUACUGGGGUCCUUCAGAUGACAAGCAGUUUGAGACAUUUGAGUUGGGACAUCUUCUUUAUAUCAUCCUCGACAAGGACAUGCCAGAACCCCUAUUCCACUCGCCCAUUGGUGAUGGCCCUCAGAAUAUUCUCGAUAUAGGUACUGGCGAUGGCACAUGGGCUAUUGAAGUAGCAGAUAAGUACCCUUCAGCUACUGUCUACGGUGUUGAUUUGUACCCACCACCAGCUGUAUGGGUGCCACCAAACUGUGUAUUCCAAGUCGACGACGUGACACAAGAAUGGACUUGGAACAAGCAAUUCGAUCUCAUCCACCUGCGUCUCCUCCUCGGUGCCUUUACACCCGAAGAGCGAGAUCGUCUUUACAAAGAAUGCUACGACAACCUCGCGCCUGGCGGUUGGAUCGAAGAAGUCGAGCUCGACGUCCGCGUUAUGUCCGACGACGACUCCCUCGACCCAAACAGCAUCCUCGCCGGCUGGGGUCCCAACUUCCUCGGGUGCGCCGAACGCGCCGGUCGACCCCUCGACACACAACUAACGAUGAAAUCCUCCAUCGAGAAAGCCGGCUUCGUAAACGUACAAGAUAAAUUGUAUAAAUGCCCAUUGGGAUCGUGGCCUGCACUGAAAGUAUUCAAGGAUGCGGGGAAGGUCAAUAUGGAGCACUGGAAGGCGGGGUUGGAGGGGUGGGCGAUGUUUCUGUUGACGAAGUUUGGGGAGCCGACACCGUGGACGGCGGAGCAGGUGCAUGUUUAUGUGGCUCAGGUAAGGAACGAGAUAUCGCAGCCGCAUUUGCAUUGUUAUCAUUAUACGAGACGAGUGUGGGCACAGAAACCACUUACCUAGGUUUAGGCGAGUGUCGAACUGACUUCAAGAGUUGUGAUGCAAAGCAGCCUGUCACCAAUCUAUCCCUGGUGGCCUUGAUUCUCGCUUAAUCAAAUUUUCAACAGUGAUGCAGUAAACAAAGCUGUCGCUAGCUUGAUCAGCUAGGCAUCGACUAAAAUUUGCUACCGAACGCCGGAACAGACUCCCAUACAACCCUGACCACACAAUCCACUACAGGCACAAAUGCAACAAACGUCUCUCCGUUCCCCUCACACGUACCAUUCGAUUAGCAGAUAUGUAUAUCUCACGAGACGAUGAAAAUCCAAAGCCGCAAUAGUAUCAUAAGAUCUCUCAUCUUUACAAUCGCUGAAAACAGGGCUUACGAAUGAAGUUAUAUGUUUUCAUAUAUCCCCAACACACAGACUGGCCAUGUGUCUUAUACAAGUGUACAUAAUAUGCCGCACAGGAGAAGAAACUAUCGAACCAUAAGAUGAUGACUCUACGAG